AUGCGGACCGUUUGCGCUGCCCCCAACUGCACGCGGAAGAGCACGCAGUCGGACCUGGCCUUCUUCAGGUUCCCGCGGGAUCCAGCCAGAUGUCAGAAGUGGGUGGAAAAUUGUAGGAGAGCCGACUUAGAAGAUAAAACACCUGAUCAACUAAAUAAACAUUAUCGAUUAUGUGCCAAACACUUUGAGACAUCUAUGAUCUGUAGAACUAGUCCUUACAGGACAGUUUUUCGAGAUAAUGCAAUACCAACAAUAUUUGAUCUUACCAGUCAUUUGAACAAUCCACAUAGCAGACACAGAAAAUGAAUAAAAGAAUUGAGUGAAGAUGAAAUCAGGACACUUAAACAGAAAAAAAGUAAGCCUGGACCUGUUGAUGAAACUUCUGAACAGGAACAAAAACAUAAAGAAAUAAAUAACAGCAAUGCUCAGAACCCCUGUGCAGAAGAAGUGGGUGAAGAACUGGAUGAAGACAUUUUGCCUUUAACCCUUGAAGAGAAGGAAAACAAAGAAUACUUAAAAUCUUUAUUUGAAAUUUUGAUUCUCAUGGGAAAACAAAACAUACCUCUGGAUGGACAUGAAGCUGAUGAAAUCCCAGAAGGUCUCUUUACUCUUGAUAACUUUUAAGCACUACUGGAGUGCCGGAUAAAUUCUGGUGAAAAGGUCCUGAGAAAGCGCUUUGAGACAACAGCAGUCAACACAUUGUUCUGUUCAAGAACACAGCAGAAGCAGAUGCUAGAGAUCUGUGAGAGCUGCAUUCGGGAAGAAACCCUCUGGGAAGUGAGAGAUUCGCACAUUAUCACUGACGAUGUGGUGGACAUAGCAGGGGAAGAGCACCUGCCUGUGUUGGUGAGGUUUGUUGAUGAAUCGCAUAACCUGAGAGAGGAAUUUGUGGGCUUCUUGCCUUACGAAGCUGGUGCCGAAGUUUUGGCUAUGAAAUUUCAUACUAUGAUAACUGAGAAGUGGGGAUUAAACAUGGAGUAUUGUCGUGGCCAGGCUUACAUUGUGUCCAGUGGAUUUUCUUCCCAAAUGAAAGUUGUUGCAUCUAGGUUUUUGGAGAAAUAUCCCCAAGCUAUCUACACACUCUGCUCUUCUUGUGCCUUAAAUAUGUGGUUGGCAAAAUCCGUGUCUGUUGCAUUAGGAACAAUUGAGGAAGUUUGUUCUUUUUUCCAUCAAUCACCACAACUGCGUUUAGAGCUUGACAGUGUAAUUUCUGUCCUCUUUCAGAACAGUGAAGAAAAGGGUAAAGAACUAAAGGAAAUUUUCCAUUCUCAGUGGACAGGCAGGCACGAUGCUUUUGAAAUUUUAGUGGACCUCCUACAAGCACUCGUUUUAUGUUUAGAUGGUAUAAAUAGUGAGACAAAUGUUAGAUGGAAUAACUGUAUAGCUGGCCAAGCAUUUGUACUCUGUAGUGCAGUAACAGAUUUUGAUUUCAUCGUUACCAUUGUUCUUAAAAAUGUUCUAUCUUUGGGCCGGCCGAUUCUAUCUUUUACAAGAGCCUUUGGGAAAAAUCUCCAGGGGCAAACAUCUGAUGUCUUCUUUGCAACCAGUAGCUUGACUGCAGUGCUGCAUUCACUGAACGAAGUGAUGGAAAAUAUUGAAAUUUAUCACGAGUUUUGGUUUGAGGAAGCCACCAAUUUGGCAACCAAACUUGAUAUUCAGAUGAAGCUCCCUGGGAAAUUCCUCAGAACUCAGCAGGGUAACCUGGAAUCUCAGCUGACCUCUGAGAGUUACUAUAAAGAAGCUCUAAGUGUUCCAACAGUGGAACACAUUAUUCAGGAACUGAAAGAUAUAUUCUCAGAACAGCACCUCAAAGCUCUUAAAUGCUUAUCUCUGGUACCCUCUGUCAAGGGACAGCUCAAAUUCAGUACAUCGGAGGAGCACCAUGCUGUCAUGUAUAGAAGUGACCUACCCAAUCCUGACACACUGUCCGCUGAGCUGCAUUGUUGGAGAAUCUAGUGGAAACACAGAGGGAAAGAGAGAGAGCUUCCAUCCACCAUUUAUGAAGCCCUCCACCUGCCAGACAUCAAGUUUUUUCCUAAUGUUUAUGCAUUGCUGAAGGUCCUAUGUAUUCUUCCUGUGAUGGUUGAAAAUGAACGCUAUGAAAAUGGGCGAAAGCGUCUGAAAGCAUACCUGAGGAACACUUUGACAGAAAGGUCGAGUAACUUAGCCUUGCUUAACAUAAAUUAUGAUAUAAAAUAUGAUCUAGAUUUAAUGGUGGACACAUAUAUCAAAUUCUGUACAACUAAGUCACAGCUUCCUACAGAUAAUUCAGAAACCAUUCAGAAUACCUGA